CCUCAGGUAGGUUGUGUUAAGAUGCAGAGAUGUUUUGGUGCGUUCUUAUUACGGCCCUGUGUGGAUUUGCAGCAGCUUCUAUCACCUCAGAACUAGAUCGACACUGGGAGCUAUGGAAGAAAAUGCAUAACAAAGUCUACUCCCAAGAGAUUGAGGAGCUUGGUCGCAGGCGGAUAUGGGAGCAGAACCUGGAAAUGAUUAAUGUCCAUAACCUGGAAGCUUCUCUUGGCAUGCACACCUAUGAGCUGGCAAUGAACCACCUUGGAGACCUGACCAAUGAGGAAAUCACUGGCACGCUGACUGGCACCAUUGUGCCCCCUGACCUGGAGAGGAGUUCUUCAAAUGGAAUAAAGGUCAACAACUCUCUGCCGCCAACUCUGGACUGGAGGAGUAAAGGUCUGGUAACUGCAGUUAAAAUGCAGGGUAUGUGUGGCUCUUGUUGGGCCUUCAGUGCAGUGGGAGCUCUUGAGGGGCAACUCAAAAAGACCACAGGUGUCCUGCUGUCUCUCAGUCCUCAGAACCUGGUGGACUGUUCCACAAAAUAUGGCAACCAUGGAUGCUACGGUGGCUUCAUGUCAAAUGCCUUCCAAUACGUCAUUAACAACAGAGGCAUAGAUUCAGAUGAAAACUACCCUUAUGUUGCCAGGCGUGGGCAAUGCAAGUAUGACCCAGCGCAACGGGCGGCCAACUGCUCAGGUUAUGCCUUCUUACCAGAGGGGGAUGAAUUUGCUUUAAAGGCAGCUCUUUCUGACAUCGGACCAAUCUCUGUAGCAAUUGACGCCUCCAGACCAAAGUUUGGCUUCUACCGCCAUGGUGUAUACAGGGACCACACAUGCACCCACAAUGUGAACCAUGGUGUGCUGGCUGUUGGCUACGGCACUGAGAGAGGACGUGACUACUGGCUAGUCAAAAACAGUUGGGGUGUAAAUUAUGGAGAAGAAGGCUACAUCAAGAUGGCUCGCAACAGAAACAACCAGUGUGGCAUUGCUCUCUAUGCUUGUUACCCCAUCAUGUGAUCAGUGCAAAGGUUUUCAAUGUACAUUUUAAAUAAACUGUUUGACCCUCAA